CUUCCCACCUGGUUCGAGCAUGUCAGCAUGCUGGUCAUCCUCUUGAACUGUGUCACCCUUGGGAUGUUCCAGCCAUGUCAGGAUAUCAGGUGCAAAACAGAAAGAUGCGCAAUCUUGGAGGCAUUUGAUCACUUCAUCUUCGCCUUCUUUGCUGUGGAGAUGGUUAUCAAGAUGACUGCCCUGGGGAUCUUUGGGCACAAAUGUUAUCUAGGAGACACGUGGAAUCGCCUCGACUUCUUCAUUGUCGUAGCUGGCAUGAUGGAAUAUUCCUUGGAUGGACAUAAUGUCAGCUUAUCAGCCAUCCGUACUGUCCGGGUUCUCAGGCCUUUGCGAGCCAUUAACAGGGUGCCAAGUAUGCGCAUUCUCGUCACCCUGCUCCUAGACACUCUGCCUAUGUUAGGCAAUGUUCUCCUCUUGUGCUUCUUUGUCUUUUUCAUCUUUGGGAUUGUCGGUGUCCAGCUCUGGGCCGGGCUGCUGAGGAACAGGUGUUUCAUAGAUUCCCAUUUUCAAAGGACACACAACCUGAGUUUUCUGCAUUCGUACUAUCGGCCGGAAGAGGGGGAAGAGAACCCGUUCAUCUGUUCGUCCCACCGGGAUAACGGCAUGCAGAAGUGCUCCAGCAUUCCAAACCGCAGAGAGUACAAGAUGGAUUGUACUUUAAACGUGGACGCUUACAACCCGCAUUCGGACACGCUGGACUUCGGCAGCCGAAACGCCUGCAUAAACUGGAACCAGUAUUACAACAUUUGCAGGACGGGGGACUUAAACCCGCACAAUGGAGCUAUUAAUUUUGAUAAUAUUGGCUAUGCUUGGAUAGCUAUUUUUCAGGUUAUAACCCUGGAAGGAUGGGUUGACAUCAUGUAUUAUGUUAUGGACGCACACUCUUUUUACAAUUUUAUAUAUUUUAUACUACUUAUAAUAGUUGGUUCUUUCUUCAUGAUUAACUUGUGCCUGGUUGUGAUAGCAACACAGUUUUCUGAAACCAAACAGCGGGAGAACCAGCUGAUGCAAGAGCAGCGAGCCCGCUACCUCUCCAAUGACAGCACAAUUGCCAGCUUCUCUGAGCCGGGAAGCUGUUAUGAAGAGCUCCUCAAAUACAUCUGCCAUAUUUUCAGGAAAGUCAAGCGGCGGAUAUUGCGCCUCUACAACAAUUGGCAGAACAAGCGGCGGAAGAAAGUCAACCCCAACAGUGGUGGAGCCAAUGGUCAAGGCCACCAGAGCAGCAAACGGCGCAUCACUUCCAUCCACCACCUGAUCCAUCACCACCAUCACCACCACCAUCACCACUACCACAUCAGCAAUGGGAGCCCCCAAGGGCCACGGUCCAACCCAGAGAUUUGUGAUCUGGAGUUGGACGUCAUGAAGCCUGGAAGCCAACUUAUGCUUCCUCCAUCUUCCCCCAACCGCCCAAGUGGUGGAGCUGCAGAUACAGAGUCCAUCCACAGUAUUUACCAUGCUGACUGCCAUGUGGAAGGGACCUCGGUGAAAUGCAAGUCUUCCAGUGUUGCUGCAGGUAGCAAAGCUGCCAGUCAUGGCAGCAUGAACUACCCCACCAUCUUGCCUUCUCCGGCAAACAAAGCCAGUGUCACUCCCUUGCCCAAAGGGAAGAAAAAUGGAGGCAGCGGGGGGACCUCGCCCAUGGCCGUGGUCAGCAGCCCAGUCCAUCUGAAUGCAGAUUGCUACGGGAAGCUCCAUCAUUUAGUGGGAGAACGUGGCCUCUGCCGGACCUCCAGCAUUUUGUCUGGCUUGAAUGUGCCGUGUCCGCUGCCCGGCCCACAAGCCAACAACUUGAGCUGUGAGUUGCAAAACUGCCCAUUCUGUGCCAGCAUUCUGGAAGAUCCUGAGUUCGAGUUCAGUGAGGCAGACAGCUAUGAGUCAGGAGAUGACAACAAUGGGGUCUAUGAGUUCACCCAGGAUGUAAAACAUGGGGACUUACGGGACCAGAUCCAGCAGCAGAGGAACAAGAAAAAGAAGAAAAGGAAACCACCCAAGGAGAAGAACAAACUAACCAAACUCUGGAAGGCAUUUGGCAACAAGCUGAAAAGAAUCGUGGAGAGCAAGUAUUUCAACCGUGGGAUCAUGAUUGCCAUCCUCAUCAAUACGCUGAGCAUGGGCAUUGAGUAUCAUGAACAGCCGGAUGAGCUAACCAAUGCCCUGGAGAUUAGUAACAUUGUCUUCACAAGCAUGUUUGCUCUAGAGAUGCUCCUCAAGCUCUUGGCCUUUGGCAUCUGGGGUUAUAUCAAGAACCCCUACAACAUUUUUGAUGGCAUCAUUGUUGUCAUCAGUGUCUGGGAGAUCAUUGGCCAAUCAGAUGGUGGGCUUUCAGUGCUGAGGACCUUCCGUCUCCUCCGCGUCCUCAAGCUUGUGCGGUUCAUGCCAGCUCUUCGUCGGCAGUUGGUUGUUCUCAUGAAGACCAUGGACAACGUGGCCACCUUCUGCAUGCUGCUCAUGCUGUUCAUAUUCAUCUUCAGCAUCCUCGGUAUGCAUCUUUUUGGGUGCAAAUUCGGCUUAAGAACAGAUACAGGGGACACAAUGCCAGAUCGGAAGAACUUCGAUUCCUUGCUGUGGGCGAUUGUCACUGUAUUUCAGAUCCUGACCCAGGAAGACUGGAAUGUGGUCCUGUACAACGGAAUGGCGUCCACCUCCUCCUGGGCUGCCCUCUAUUUUGUGGCUUUGAUGACUUUUGGCAAUUAUGUACUUUUCAACCUCUUGGUUGCCAUCCUGGUUGAAGGUUUCCAGGCUGAGGGUGAUGCCAACAGAUCCGACACAGAUGAAGACAAAACAUCGACCAACUUCGAGGAAGAGUUUGAGAAACUGAAGGAACUCCAUGCUUCUGAGAUGAAGAUGUAUUCGCUUGCCGUCACUCCGAAUGGCCACCUGGAGGGCAAGGGAAGCAUGCCCCCACCCAUUAUCAUGCACACUGCAGCCACCCCCAUGCCCACCCCAAAGUGUUCUCCACACAUGGACUCUGCCUACCCUUUUGUGGACUCCAGAAGGGGGAGCAACGUUUCGGUUGACCCGCUCAGCUUCGACCAGAAAUCUUUGUCCAGCCUCCGCAGCUCGCCCUGUGCAAACUGGGGCACCAGCAGCAACUGGGGCAGUCGCCGCUCGAGCUGGAACAGCCUGGGCGGGGCCCCCAGCCUGAAAAAGAACAGCCA